AUGCUGCGCUAUCUGCCGGGACUGCUCCUGCUGCUCUGGCAGCUGCUGCUGCUGCCACCCCCCGCCGUCCCCGGCCCCCUGGACCGCCCCGGCUUCCUGAGGCUGGGGACCCGCGGCCCAGGGGGCAGCCCCGGACGACGUCCCGCUCCGGCCGCCCCCACCGGCACGCCCUAUUCUGGGGCCGGCCAGCACGGCGGGACCCGCGGCGCAGGUGUUUGCAAGACCAUGCCCUUGGACUUGGUGUUUAUCAUUGAUAGUUCUCGUAGUGUACGGCCUCCGGAGUUCACCAAAGUAAAAACCUUUGUCUCGCGGGUAAUUGACACUCUGGACAUCGGGCCAGCAGACACGCGGGUGGCAGUGGUGAACUACGCCAGCACCGUGAAGAUCGAGUUCCAUCUCCAGACCCACUCGGAUAAGCAGUCCCUGAAACAGGCUGUGGCACGGAUCACACCCUUGUCCACAGGCACCAUGUCGGGCCUGGCCAUCCAGACAGCGAUGGACGAAGCCUUCACAGUGGAGGCAGGAGCUCGGGGGCCCAAUUCCAACAUCCCUAAGGUGGCCAUCAUCGUGACAGAUGGGCGGCCCCAGGAUCAGGUGAAUGAGGUGGCGGCUCGGGCCCAGGCAUCCGGUAUUGAGCUGUACGCCGUGGGCGUGGACCGGGCAGACAUGGAGUCCCUGAGGAUGAUGGCCAGUGAGCCCCUGGACGAGCACGUUUUCUAUGUGGAGACCUAUGGGGUCAUUGAGAAACUUUCCUCUAGAUUCCAGGAAACCUUUUGUGCUCUGGACCCAUGCGCUCUGGGCACACACCAGUGCCAGCAUGUGUGUGUCAGUGACGGGGAAGGCAAGCACCACUGUGAGUGCAGCCAAGGAUAUUCCUUGAAUGCCGAUAAGAAGACGUGUUCAGUUAUUGAUAAGUGUGCUCUUAACACUCACGGCUGUGAACACAUCUGUGUGAACAACAGAACUGGCUCUUAUCAUUGUGAGUGCUAUGAAGGUUAUACCUUAAAUGAAGACAGGAAAACAUGUUCGGCUCAAGAUCAGUGUGCUUUGGGCACACACGGCUGUCAGCACAUUUGUGUGAAUGACAGAGCUGGGUCUCAUCACUGUGAAUGCUAUGAGGGCUACACUAUGAAUGAAGAUAAAAAAACGUGUUCAGUUCGUAACCAGUGUGCACUGGGCUCUCAUGGGUGCCAGCACAUCUGUGUGAAUGACGGGGCCGCGUCUUACCACUGCGAUUGUUAUACUGGCUACACCUUGAAUGAAGACAAGAAGACAUGUUCAGCCAUUGCAGAAGCACGAAGACUCAUCUCCACAGAAGAUGCUUGUGCAUGUGAAGCCACACUGGCAUUCCAGGAUAAGGUCAGCUCAUAUCUGCAGAGACUGAACACCAAGCUUGAUGACAUUUUGGAGAAGUUGCAAGCAAAUGAAUACGGACAAAUACAUCGUUAA